UUUUUUUCAGAUAAAAAGUAAUGUCUGACGUUGGAUCCGAAGAUUUUGAUGAGGAACAGGGCCCUAACUUGGGAGUUUACGAGGGUGAACGAAAUGAAAAGGAGGAGCGACAUGGGUAUGGAAAAGCAACACUUCCAAACGGCGACAAGUAUGAAGGCUAUUACGAAAAUGGAAAGCGAAAUGGCCAAGGUACUUAUAAGUUUAAGAACGGAGCUCGAUAUAUCGGUCAGUACAUCAAAGGAAAAAAACACGGAGAAGGCAUCAUGUAUUACCCUGACGGAUCUAAGUAUGAAGGUCAGUGGGUCGAUGACAUGAGGCAUGGGAACGGAACCUACACGUAUGUUAACGGUGAUUUGUAUAACGGUGAAUGGACGACAAACAACAGACACGGACAAGGCGUUUACACGUAUUCGGAGACAGGAACAAAGUAUGUCGGCACAUGGGUAAAUGGACGAAGGGAAGGCGCAGGAGAACUUAUUCACAGCAAUCACAAAUUUGUCGGUCAGUUCUCAUUCGAUGUUCCUAAGGGUAAAGGUAAAUAUAUUUUUGACAUCGGAUGCGAACAACUCGGUGAGUACAUGACAAUUGAACAGCCAAGACCAGAUGACGCUGAGGAAGACGCACCACCAAUUUUGGUUCCAAAAUGGAAAGCAGGACGAGUUCAGCCUAUCCAAUUAGCAGACCCAAAUGGAGAGGAAGGAGAGGCGCAAGUCGCUGGAACAGAUGAUACAAUGGGUAGUGCUGUGGCUGAGUCUCAGGAAGCCUGAAAAACGGAGAUUUUCCCUUCAAAUCUAUCAUCUGCUGUCUCUUUUUAGAUUAUAUUACAGCUCAUUGUUGAAAAACUUGGUUUGAAUAAUAUCUGUCCAGGUUAAUUUCUAUCUGUAAAUUACAAAUAAUGGGAUAAAUGUAAUCCAAUAAUAAUCAUAAAUUCAAAUAUUAUAUGUACAAUUACAA